GACCGUUUUCGCUUUGAGAAAAGGAGUAAAAUUGAGGAAGUGCCCGAAGCAACCCCACAGCCCUCCCAGCCUGGCCCUUCUUCACCAAUUUCUCUUAGUGCUGAAGAGGAGAAUGCUGAAGGGGAAGUUAGCAGGGCAAACACCCCUGACUCAGAUGUAACUGAGAAAACAGAAGAUUCAAGUGUUCCAGAGACUCCAGACAAGUAUAUCAUAUUUCAAGAAUCAAAGAGGAAUACAAUAUAUUGAUUUGUCUUCUGAUAGUGAAGAUGUUGUUUCCCCAAAUUGCUCCAAUACAGUUCAAGAGAAAAAAUUCAACAAAGACACAGUGAUUAUCGUUUGAUAGACUCAACAAGUACCAUGGAUGGAGCAAUUGCUGCUGCCUUGCUGAUGUUUGGUGAUGCAGGUGGUGGGCCCAGGAAAAGAAAAUUAUCUUCUUCUUCACAGCCAUAUGAGGAAGAUGAAUUUAAUGAUGAUCAAUCUUUAAAAAAGACAAGAAUAGAUCAUGGUGAGGAGUCAAAUGAGUCUGCAGAAUCUAGCAGUAAUUGGGAAAAGCAGGAAAGUAUUGUACUAAAAUUACAAAAAGAGUUUCCAAAUUUUGAUAAGCAGGAACUGAGAGAAGUACUCAAGGAACAUGAGUGGAUGUACACUGAAGCUUUAGAAGCUCUAAAAGUGUUUGCAGAAGACCAAGAUAUGCAAUAUGCUUCACAAAAUGAGGUUCCAAAUGGAAAAGAAGUUUCUUCAAAGGUCAGAAUUAUCAUAAAAAUACAACUAAAACAGAAAUUUUCCAUGAAACCACAAAAUGGUUUUAACAAGAAACGUAAAAAAAACGUAUUUAAUCCGAAGAAUGUCACUGAAGACUCGGAGUAUGAUUCGGGUUCUGAUGUUGACAGUUCCCUGGAUGAGGACUACAGCAGUGGUGAAGAGGUGAUGGAGGAUGGCUAUAAGGGUAAAAUUCUUCACUUCCUUCAAGAUGCCUCAAUUGGUGAGCUCACUCUGAUUCCUCAGUGUUCUCAGAAAAAGGCUCAGAAGAUAACAGAACUCCGGCCCUUUAACAGUUGGGAAGCUCUGUUCACAAAGAUGUCCAAAACUAAUGGCUUAUCAGAAGAUUUGAUAUGGCACUGUAAAACAUUGAUCCAAGAAAGAGAUGUGGUUAUAAGGCUUAUGAACAAAUGUGAAGAGAUUUCAAAUAAAUUAACCAAACAAGUAACCAUGCUCACUGGAAAUGGAGGAGGCUGGAACAUUGAACAACCCUCCAUUCUAAACCAAAGUUUGUCACUCAAGCCCUAUCAGAAGGUUGGCUUGAAUUGGCUGGCAUUAGUACAUAAACAUGGACUUAAUGGCAUUUUGGCAUAUGAAAUGGGCCUAGGGAAAACUGUUCAAGCCAUUGCUUUCCUGGCAUACCUCUUUCAGGAGGGUAAUAAAGGUCCUCAUCUGAUCGUUGUUCCAGCAUCAACUAUAGAUAACUGGUUAAGGGAAGUCAACUUAUGGUGCCCCACUUUAAAUGUGCUCUGUUACUACGGUUCUCAAGAAGAACGUAAACAAAUCAGAUUUAACAUUCACAGUAAAUAUGAAGAUUACAAUGUAAUUGUGACCACGUAUAAUUGUGCAAUCAGCAGUUCAGAUGAUCGUAGUCUGUUUAGACGCCUAAAACUUAAUUACGCAAUUUUUGAUGAGGGCCACAUGCUGAAGAAUAUGGGUUCCAUCCACUACCAGCACCUUAUGACAAUUAAUGCAAAUAACCGGUUGCUGUUCACAGGCACACCUGUGCAGAAUAAUCUGUUAGCCAUGUCACUGUUGAAUUUUGUUAUGCCACAUAUGUUCAGUAGUAGUACUAGUGAAAUACGAAGAAUGUUUUCUUCUAAGACUAAAUCGGCUGAUGAGCAAAGUAUAUAUGAAAAGGAGAGAAUAGCACAUGCAAAACAAAUCAUAAAGCCAUUCAUUCUCAGAAGAGUAAAAGAAGAAGUUCUCAAGCAGCUACCCCCUAAGAAAGAUCAAAUUGAGUUGUGCACAAUGUCAGAGAAGCAGGAGCAACUGUACUUGGGCCUUUUCAACAGAUUGAAAAAAUCUAUCAAUAACCUGGAAAAAAGUACAGAAAUGUGCAAUGUCAUGAUGCAAUUGAGAAAAAUGGCCAAUCAUCCUUUAUUACAUCGCCAAUAUUACACAGCUGAAAAACUCAAGGAAAUGUCUCAGCUUAUGCUAAAGGAACCUACACAUUGUGAGGCUAACCCUGACCUGAUCUUUGAAGAUAUGGAAGUUAUGACAGACUUUGAACUACAUGUACUUUGUAAACAGUAUCGACACAUAAAUAAUUUCCAGUUAGACAUGGAUUUGAUUCUAUAUUCUGGAAAAUUCCGAGAUUUAGGACAUAUCUUGUCUGAAUUAAAACAGAAGGGUGAUAGAGUGGUAUUAUUCAGCCAGCUUACCAUGAUGCUGGAUAUUUUAGAGGUUCUCUUAAAACAUCAUCAGCAUAGAUACCUGAGAUUAGAUGGAAAGACUCAAAUUUCUGAAAGGAUUCAUCUAAUUGAUGAGUUUAAUACCGAUAUGGAUAUCUUUAUGUUUCUGCUGACAACAAAAGCUGGUGGAUUGGGAAUAAAUCUGACUUCAGCAAAUGUUGUUAUACUUCAUGAUAUUGAUUGUAAUCCUUAUAAUGACAAACAAGCAGAAGAUAGAUGUCACGGAGUAGGCCAAACUAAACAAAUACUAGUUAUAAAAUUAAUAAGCCAAGGGACAAUUGAAGAAUCCAUGCUAAAAAUUAACCAACAGAAAUUGAAACUUGAACAAGAUAUGACUACCGUAGAUGAAGGUGAUGAAGGGAGUAUGCCAGCAGAUAUAGCCACAUUACUAAAAACAUCAGUGGGCCUGUGAAUCAGAACUGCAGAUUCCUAAGUGAUAAGGAAAUAUCAACUUGGUGCACUCAAGGACAUUUACAUUAUGAUGACCAUGGGGUUUAUGAACAUUUAUACCUUUUUAUAAUUUCCAUAUUGCAUUUCUCGUAGUAUGGACAACUUUUUUGCCACUAACUGAACUCUCCAGAUGCUCACACAUGAAAUUUCGUAAAAAGCCACAAAUAUGUAGUCCUGAAGAUGUUGAAUAAUCAUUUUACAAAGCAGUUUUCUGAAUGGGGAUUAGUUGGUGAUUGUUUGUAACAAAUAUGCUAAUGCUUUAGA